GUGAGUGUAGUUUGUAACAGUGUGGUGAUAAUUUGGGCUACAUACAAUACAUAGCCUGAUACAUUCGGUGCUGGAGAAGGGGAUGCUUACAUCUCACAUCUGUAUGAAGGAAAAAAGGAAUGAAGAAGAAGCUUUAUAUUUAUUCUUGCCAUAAAAACGUGGAUAAUCAAUGCAGUGUCGCUCGUGCGCCUCUGGAAACAAAGCGAGACUGACCAAAUGCGGAUUUUUUACUUUAACUACGACUUCAGUUGUGUAGGUAACGCUACUGGCAUCACCGGCUGUCGCACUGUUGGUUAAAAUUACACAGAUAAGGGCCUUUAUUUUUUAAAGGCAUUUCUGGUCUGUUUUAUUUGUUGACUACAACGAGGAGGAGAAAGCGUUUUGGGCGGCCAGAUGCACCAUUUGGACGGCUGAGCUGUAGCACUUCACCCGCUCCUGAGCUCCAACGUGGGAGACUGAAGCAGGGUCUCGCAGCCAUGAGGACGCCGCCAUGUCAUCUUGAGCUGGGAAUAUCUGCACCUAUGGCAUCGUGUUUAGCGUGAGCUCACCAGCAACGAUGCCUGUUCACCCUGGGGAAGAAUGGUUCACUCCACUACUGCUCCCCUCCCAGAGGCAGGGGACAUUAACGCCAGUCUCUGCUGCUUCGUUACGGGGCUGCUGAACCUUACAGAGAGGCCGUCGAUGGAGAAUAUCUCCAUGGGCUCCCGGUUGCCCUCGGAGCCGGUCACGCCGACAACGGAGGCCCCGGAGAGCCUGCAAGGCGUCGGCCUACCUCUGCAGGUCUUCUUCUGCUUCGUCAUGGUCGCCAUCCUGCUUUUGGCUCUGUUGGGAAACGUGGUGGUGUGCCUGAUGGUGUACCAGAGAUCUGCCAUGCGCUCGGCCAUCAACAUCCUCUUGGCGAGCCUGGCGUUUGCAGACAUGAUGCUGGCCAUCCUGAACAUGCCCUUCGCUCUGGUUACCGUGGUGACUACCCAGUGGAUUUUCGGAGACGUUUUCUGUCGAGUUUCAGCCAUGCUUUUUUGGUUCUUUGUGAUGGAGGGCGUGGCUGUACUGCUUAUAAUAAGCAUAGACCGCUUUCUUAUUAUUGUCCAGAAGCAAGAUAAGCUGAGCCCACAGAGAGCUAAAGUGCUCAUAGUGGUCACAUGGGGACUCUCUUUCAUUUUCUCUUUCCCCCUGGCUGUCGGUUCCCCUCCCCUCCAGAUCCCUCCCAGGGCCCCUCAGUGUGUAUUUGGCUACAGCGCUGAGCCUGGUUACCACGCCUAUGUGUUGAUACUAAUGCUAGUCUUCUUCUUCCUACCUUUCAUGGUCAUGCUGUACACAUUUAUGGGGAUCCUCAACACCAUCCGCCACAACGCCAUCCGCAUCCACAGCCACCCAGACAGCAUCUGUCUGAGCCAGGCCAGCAAACUGGGCCUGCUGAGCCUCCAGAGGCCCUUCCAAAUGAACAUAGACAUGAGCUUCAAGACCCGUGCCUUCACCACCAUCCUCAUCCUCUUCUCUGUGUUUACAGUGUGCUGGGCGCCCUUCACUGCCUACAGUCUGGUAGCUACCUUCAGCGAUGGCUUCUACCACAAAGACAGCUUUUUUCAAAUUAGCACAUGGGUCCUGUGGUUGUGCUACCUCAAGUCAGCCCUAAACCCUCUCAUUUACUACUGGCGGAUCAAGAAGUUCCGCGAUGCCUGCCUUGAUCUGAUGCCCAAGUACUUCAAGUUUCUUCCUCAGCUGCCAGGCAACACGAAGAGGCGCAUACAGCCGAGCGCAGUGUAUGUAUGCGGAGAGCAUCGCACGGUGGUCUAAAGGAAAAGUCCACACUUCGACACUGUUAAAAACACAUCUUUACAUCAUGUACCUUGCAAUUCUGGGCCUGUUUUGUUGUUUGGUGGUUUACUUCUCUUGGCAGAAUGAAAACAGCACUGCAUUAAAAAAAAGGCAAGGGGCAUGCACGUUUUAAGGCUCAUCAAACACCAAAACACUUGCGCACCAAGAUAAUUAAUAUCAUUAGAUAUGAUUUGACCGAAAGAGGGCUGUGUAUUGUUUGAUAGUGUCGUCACGACACUGGAGUUUCAAACUUAGUUGCAAUACCUCGAAAAAUAUUGAUAUUUGAUUUGAUUUUUUAUUAAAAGAUAAACAUAACAUGGCUAUAACAUGAUGGCAAAUUUUCUCACUAGCAGUAAAACAGUAAACACGAACAAUAAGAGAUAGCAAGAAAGGGCAGCUGUUACCAAAACUGCAGAAAAUAAGUAUUGACACUGCUUCAAAAUAUUUAGUAUUGUAAGUAUCGAUAAGUAGAUAUUUUUGACAACACUGUUUUUUGAAAGAUUCCAAUACAUUACCCAAGUUUCAGUGCCAAAACAGGAUGUUCUUGAGACCUUACUUGAGCAAUAUGAACAUUAUUUUCGACAUAACUCUGUAUUUGACAAAAUAAGUCAAAUCUUUCAAAUGAUAAAUGUAAAAUACAAACAGCUAAACAAGAACUUUGAAAUACAGUAGUGGCAAAAUGUUAAUGUAAAUCCAGUAUUUGCUGUCUGUGAUAAAAUACUCAAAAUUCAAGUUUGACUUACUAGCUGUUAUGGGAGCCUUUUGAUAUCAACUACAUGAAUCUGAUUAGAUAUUCAAUGUCAGCUUUUGGUACUAAAGUCACAAUGAAGUACCCAAUGUAAUGCUGCAGGGACGACGUCUUUUUGUAGGCCGACCGGACAUUGACACAUUGCCCUGGUUCCCCCGGCAAAAAGUACCAAUGAGAUAUUUCCAUUUGAUUUUGGAUGAUUUAAGAAAAAUGUUUGAGGUUAAAAGCUAGCGUUAGCCUACAAAUUAAGUAUGCGAUCAUUGCUUAACUUCAUCGUCACCACCACAACAAGGCUCUGCUGCGUUUGCAGUGAUGACGUCCUGUAGUCACAUUUAGCCACUUGUUAGCAAUCACUUUUCUUAAGACAUGUAAAAGCUUCAAAAUUCACGGUGGUGGUGUAUUUACAGACGUAUAAUAUGUCAUAAAACAAAAGAGGAAAAUUUCAGGCAACUAACCAAAAACCCAUUGUGUUUUAAAGCUCUUCCUUGCAGUCUGCACUAACAGGCAUUGAGUAUAAAUACCCGGCCCUACUGGGGAAAGUUCAUCCAUCAUCAUUUUCCCUUCUAUCUUGACGACUGGAGUUAAACCAUUCUCAUUACAGAAUAAUCUACCAGUGUGCGCGACAUAUUUGAUCAACCAGUGCAGUACAUUGCCCGAUGACACUGCAAGAGUUGAGUCAGGGUCUACUUUUUUGCCGGAUGACCAUGCACUUCCUUGCUGAAGCCCUGCACAUCAAAGACCCUGCAGUGUUUUAAUGCAGUGCUUAUGUUGUUCUGACUUCCUGUUAAACUCUGAAGUUCAACAACAAUCAGAGUGUGUAUGAAGAUUCUCAAUGGGUCAUGGGAUGUCAGACAGGUGAAGGCAACUGGACUCAGCGUGUGGAAGAUGUUUUUGCAUCCAUUCAAAGAGGCUGCAUCACUGGUGAAACGUCAGUUUUAAAUUUCUGUCGUGUUUAGCUGAAUAGGUAUUUAUUUCUCGUUUUAAAAGGGUAAAAACUUGGUGGCUGUGCCGAAAGUAGCUGCAGUCUCUGCUUAAUUUAAUUUAAGUUACAGUUGGCAGCAGGUCAUGUAGAAUUGCUCCUCAUACAGCAGAUGAUAGUUGAUAUUUUUGCAUCUGCACUGGAAGUCCAGUUGCCUUUGAGUCUGUGGAGAUUGUUUGAUUCAGCUCAUCAUAUAUCAUCAUAUAUCAUCAUGUACCAACUGAAAGGCAGCUGCGCUGGCGGUUUUGUCUCAGUCUCAAACAGCAGACCAAACAACAGGUACAUUUUUCUCUGAUUUAGUUAUUGUAGAUAAACAAGCAUACAGAAAAAAAUGGUUUUAUAGAAGAGGGAGAGACUCAUCUCCACCAACAGCAGCUUCAGUAGGGCUUGGUAGCAAUACCUUUUAUUCUUUUAAAUGCAAACGUUCUUUUUUGUUAAAUAUGUGAACACAAGCAACCGUACAACAUUUUUGCCUAAAUACAGUGUAAAAAAAAAUGCAGCCCAAACGCCAGAGUAAAUGUUGGCAGUAUAUGUUUCUGCAAACCAUGGAUAUGUUACAUUGUACAUUUUAUAUGUUAAAGUUGUGCAUUUGAAAUGUAGUGGAUAUGCUUAACUUCAUGGUUAAGUACAUUUAAAUUUUAUUUUUAAUUUUAUGUUGUGACAAUGUUGUGAUUCAUGUGCAGCAGAGUCCUGCACGGGUCCAUUUUUGAAAACUCACACCUGCCCAUACCUGUAAAGCUCAGUACCAGAACCGAUGCUCAUCAUUAUGUUUAAGUCAAAGCUGCACCCACCCACACCCGUUAAUAAAAGUCUUGCUUUUAUUUUAAUGUAAUUGAACUGAAUUACAAAUCAGAGAAGAUGUCUCUUUCCGUGGCUGCGCUCGAUGCCAGGAUGGCAAAACAUUCUGUGCAAUGACUGCCAGGUUAGGAAACAUUGUAGCACGCUCCCUCCACCACCAUAAAACCUCAAGAGUGUCUUGGGUGUCUUGAACUGGGUGUAAGCUGCCACCUCAUCCUCGGGCUGCAUUGUUUUAUAGCUGGAGUCCUCCAUGUCGGUGGCGAAUGUGACCACGGUGUCAAAGGAUCAACUUGUGUCAUUGACUUUCAAAAUAAAAGGAAUUGCGGCUUGAUAGUGGUGACAUAUACUGCACAUCUUUUUUAUUUGUUUUAUUCUGAAAUAAUAUAUUUUUGUUCUCGCCCGCUGCCCACCCAAGUGUAGUUUAUUUUUACCCCUGCCCGUACCCAUGAAUUUAUGUAUAUACAUAUUUUGCAACAAGAGCGGCUAAAAAUGUCCUGACGUGUCAUUAAAAAAAAUACCUGGAUUUAUUGCAACAAGCAGGGCUAGAAAUGUCCCAACAUGUUGUUAAACAUACCCGGUUUUGUCACAACAUAAAUGGUUGGAAAUGUCCCAACCUGCCAUCAAAAAAAAAAAAAAACCUGGUAGUGUCGCAACAAGCAUGGGUGGAAAUGUCCAGACACAUUGUCCAAAAUAUCCACUUGUGAUGUUAGUUGUUCUCAAACAGUGGUCUGCAGAUGUUCGCCUAUCUGUCAGGCUAUCCACCAUCCCCUUGACCUCCUGAUGAGUAAUUCAGUUCAUAUACAUAUACAUGUAACCUGAACUUCAUUGUGUUGGAAUUGUCACUUAAGAAAUGUUGAUAUGAUAUGUAUGAAAUGUACAAAUGUAACAUAUUGAUGUUUGUACAGUGCCAACGUUUUAUUCUGGGGACUGGGCUGAAAAAUUGGCUAAAUUUUUGUUGAAGUCAGGAACUAUCUGUUCAAAGUCAACAAGGAUACCAAACUGUCAAAAUAUUUGGUGCCAGUUUUUGAUACUUGACGGUUUUUAAUACUUGGUUCUGCUGACAUAUUGCUUUUGGUACAAAGGAUAUUUAAAUUCAAUACCAAGCUCUACUCUGCAGAGCAGACUCAGCAAGAAGACAUUACCAGCUGAGAAUUCAACCUUGGAUAAACUUGCUGUGCUGCUGUAAUCCUAUCACUGCAGCUACGGCUCUUUGUCCACCUACUCAACCAAAAGUACAAACUUCUUCUGUGAGGGGGAGGCAAUGUCAUUCUGGGUAAAAAAAAAAAAAAAAAAAAAAAAGAA